AGCGACGUGAUUGCUUGGUUUUGAAAGCCUGAAGCGCCGCGGCCAAUUCGAAAAGAAUGCACCCACUCAGUACUGUAAACGUAGCUGACUGCAAGAGAGCCACACUCAUUUUCCACCCAGCUAGUUAAGUUAACUUAGCUACAGUCAAGUUACACAACGAUAUUGGAAGGUAGCUAUAUAUGGAACAAUGGACGAUUACGUGAAAAUAGAGAAAAUCGGAGAGGGUACCUAUGGGGUUGUGUAUAAAGGCAGACACAAGACGACAGGCCAGGUGGUGGCAAUGAAGAAGAUCCGUCUGGAGAGUGAGGAGGAGGGAGUGCCAAGCACUGCUGUUAGAGAGAUCUCUCUUCUCAAAGAGCUAGCGCACCCUAAUGUUGUACAGCUUCUAGAUGUGCUGAUGCAGGAGUCCAGGCUGUACCUCAUCUUUGAGUUCCUGUCCAUGGACCUGAAGAAAUACCUAGACUCUAUCCCCUCGGGCCAGUACAUGGACCCCAUGCUUGUGAAGAGCUAUCUGUACCAGAUCUUGGAAGGCAUCCUGUUCUGCCACUGUAGAAGGGUCCUCCACAGAGACCUGAAACCUCAGAACCUGCUGAUUGACAACAAGGGAGUGAUCAAGCUGGCAGACUUUGGGUUGGCCAGGGCUUUCGGGGUGCCAGUCCGGGUAUAUACCCAUGAGGUUGUGACACUGUGGUACAGGGCUCCUGAGGUGCUGCUGGGGGCCCCACGGUACUCCACCCCUGUGGAUGUCUGGAGUAUCGGGACCAUCUUUGCAGAGUUGGCUACAAAGAAACCACUUUUCCACGGAGACUCAGAGAUAGACCAGCUUUUCAGGAUAUUCAGGACCCUUGGUACUCCCAACAAUGACAUCUGGCCAGAGGUUGAGUCUCUGCCUGACUACAAGAACACGUUCCCCAAGUGGAAGUCUGGGAACCUGUCUUCCAUGGUGAAGAACCUGGACAAGAAAGGCAUUGAUCUGCUCGCUAAAACACUAAUCUAUGACCCACCCAAGAGGAUCUCUGCCAGACAGGCAAUGAGCCAUCCAUACUUUGACGACCUGGACAAAACCACUCUACCUGCCAGCACGGUCAAGAUGUAAACGCCACACAGCUUGACUUAAAGGACCUGAAAAAUAGUACAAUUAUGGAAGCAUAUUGAUCGUCUUUUUUUUGUAUGUUUGUUUUUUCUUUGUUUGUCCUUUUUCUAUCUACCGGUAAUAUUAAUCAUUAUUCUGUAAAUAGCGUUUAAAAAAACUAAACCGGUUUGGAUCUAAAGUGACACGUACUAAAGGUUACAUUCAAAAGUAUUUUUUUCAAUAAAGUGCACUUUUCUAGAUCCGUUA